GGCGCUAUAAAGGGGAGCGCGGCGGCGGUGGUGGCUCAGCCCGGCCCCGCUCGGCCCCGCCGCCGCCUCGCUCGCUCCGCCCGGCCCCACAGCAGCCCCGGCCCCACGGCAGCCCCCAUGCCCCGCCUCGGAGCCAAGGUGUGCCUGCUCCGCUGCACCCUGCUCUCCUCCCUCCUCAUCCUCCUGCUCUGCAGCAUCCAUGAGACGGAGCAGAACAGAUACUGCCAGCAGAUCAUCACCGAGCGGCACCUGGCUGAGCUGGAGGAGCUGGCUGACACCCAGAUGCAGCACCCGGGCAGAGUCUCCUUCAAGUUCAUCAACAAGAUGCAGCUGAACGACUCCGUUUGCUACGUGAAAGCAGCUUUUCCUCUGCUGGGCAAGAUCCUGGAGCGCACGGAGUUCAAGGAGAACUCCUCCAACGCCAAGAAGAUGCAGAUGGUGCGCAGGAUGUACAGCCACAUCGACGAGAGCUUUGACCCCUGCAUCAGGGAGGAGGAUGAAGAGGAGAGGAAGCUCUCCCAGAUGUGCUUCGAGGAGUUCACCACCUCCCCAUACGAGAUGCUGGUGCUGGUCAAGCACUUCUUCCAGGACAUCAACCAGCUCCUGCAGAACCAGGAGACCUUCGAGCGGGAUUGCAGCCAGGUCUACCGCAGGGCCUGCCUGGCACCCAGGCGAGCUGCAGCCUCCCCAGGUGUGGGGACAGAUCCUGACUGCAAUUGCCUGUCCCCUGCCCUCCCUCCUGCCACCCAGCCCUCCCUCUCCGCUGCCACCCAUGCCAGCAGCGAGGAGGCACCCGCUAGCACCCGGCUCCCUUACAGCCUCCUCCAUGCCACCCUCACUGACUUAGACGCCCCAUCACAGCCCCCCAGUAACACGGACGGCGGCUCGGGGACCGGGGAGGUCCUGGCUGCUGGGAGCAGCGCAGGAAGGAGCCGCCCGCCAGGGAGGGCCAUGGGGAGCCCCUCGUCUACAUCACGGUGGCCAGCGCGGUGGCCGUGCUGCUGGCCAUGGGGGGGCUGCUCUUCUACAAGUACAGACCCAGGGUCCUGGAGCGGCCACUGGAAGAUGGAGACCGUGACCCCGAGGAGCCAGAGAGGAGGGCACUGCAGGGAGCAAGGGAAUGUCCAGACCUGGAGACUCAGGACCUCUGAGGGCCCGAGGCGGGAUGUGAAGCUGCUCGGGGGCUGGAUCCGGAUGCUCCUUGCUGUGUGCAGGAAGGGUCGGCGCGCACCGGCCCCGCUGCGGUCCUGCCAUGAUGCUGACGCUCCCUCUUCCCUCGCCCCAGAGACUGCACAAACCUCCCUGGCAGGGACAAAAGGAUGGGGGGGGGAUGCACCCCUAGUGGGGACCCCCGGGCUCCGAAGGGAUUCAGGACGGUGGCAGUGGCUGAUGUGAGGCCGCGGUGCUGAGCGGGAUGCUGGGGGUGCUGGAUGUGGGAUGAUGAUGAGGAUGGAUCCUGCUUGGACAUGGCCAGUGCUGGCUGAAGAUGGAGGGGAUCAGCUCCAUGAAUCUUCUCCCACCCCAGCAUGGCGGGGCUUGGAGCAGCACCCAUCACUUCAUCCUGCCUUUCCCAAGGCUUCAUCUGGAGCAUCCUGGAUGCUGGGGAUGGGGAGGGGGGGGUGACAGUCACCUGGACCCCCUCCAAGCUGCACAACCCCAACUCACAACUGCAACCCUCACACUGUGAAUAUUUAAAGCCCACCAGUGCCCGUGUCCCUGCAUGGGGAUGGGUUUGGGGGUGAUGCUUGGCACCGUCCUGCUCCUCAUCCUCCUGCCGCCGGAGCUCCGGCUCCGGUCCCGGUCCCGAGCUGGCCUCGGUGUGCUGCGAGGGGUUUAUUUGUAAUAGAGCAAAUCAAAGCCUUUUAUCCCACAGGAAUAUUUGAGGGGGGGGGCCCUCCUGCCCCCUUGCAGGGUUCUUGAUGCGAGCUGGCCUCGCCUCCGACUGGAUUUCCUCUUGUGACUGCGCUUUAAAGAAGGGAAAUGGGGCUUGGGAAUGACUUGGAUCAAUGGGGAUGUUUGGGAUGGAGAUGCCCAAGUUGGGUAGUGAGGGGCUUUUUGGCUCAGCCCCGCUUCCUGGCUUAGGGAAUAGCCCGGUUUGGGGUGCACCAGUCCCGGUGGUACCCACAACAGUGGGCUUGGGCUGCAUCCUGCAUCCCUCUGGCCCCAAAUGUGAAGCGUGGCCCGCGCUGCUCUUGGGUUUUGAAGUAUUAUUUUUAUAUGAUGGAAGAAAACGUGGACAAAACCAAACUGUUUUUAAAGAAAGCAUUACUAUUAAUUGUGGUUUUUAUAUAUAUAUAUAUAUGUAUGUAUGUGUGUGUAUUUAUGACUGCCAGAAGGAGGGGGUUCCAGUGCAAGGGACUUGGUGUAAAUCAGGAGCAAAGCCCUGACUGCAGCAAGGAGGCUGUUGGUGGAAGCACUGAUUUGCACCAUGGGGAAAGGGGGGGGGGAAUCUUGCCUUUAAGCUGUUGUUGGAUUUAUUUUUGCCUUUUUAUUUUCUCCUGGUUUUGAUACAAGGAAAUGUUGGAAUAUUUUAUACAAAGUCAUUUAAAGAAGUUUAUUUAAAGAAAAGCAUAGAAAGCAGCUUGUAUAUUUAAUAUUAUUAAUAAUAAAAGGUGACGUGGA